AUGUGUAUUGGAUCGGAAGAGCUUCCAACUCUUCGAGAAAUGGCAGCGAUCAAUCCAAACGAGCGCGCCACCGCAGCGCAGAUUCUAUUCCGGCGCCAGAAUGGGAAAGGUCUUACAACUCCCCGGGACCAAUUUUGGCCGCUGCCUGACUUGAUGUCUGUUGAUGCCAUGGACUGCACAUGA